UCUCGAAUUAUAAAAGCCGGCACCGGAGUUACUUUAGAACUCGGGUGAGUCCACUCACCCGAGCCAAGUCAACAGAAACUCGUCUCUCAGUCACUAAUAUAGAAAUCGAAGCAAAAAGUAACAUCAUCGUCUCCUCCUGCUAGAGACAGAUCUCAGAUUCUGUACGCUAACGUAGAGAGGGAGAGAGAGAAAGAGAGAGAUGGCAACUACGACGUCGUCUUCAAGCAAUGAAGCGCCGGAGACGAAGAAUAAGAAGAAGGAGUGUUUGGGUUGGAUAGAGUGGUUAAGAGGGUGGUUCUAUUUGAUCUAUGAAAUGCUCUUUCAGCGCAUCAUGGCCAGCCAUUUGCACAACCCCAUGCCGCUCCCUCCCGUCAACGACCUCACUUGCAUUGUCACAGGCUCCACCAGUGGCAUUGGUCUCGAAAUCGCAAGGCAAUUGGCACAGUCAGGUGCUCAUGUUGUUAUGGCCGUCAGGAACACAAAGGCAGCCCAGGAGUUGAUCCAGAAGUGGCAGAUUGACUCUUCAGGAUUGAGUAUUCCUCUUAAUGUUGAGGUAAUGCAAGUUGAUCUUCUCUCGUUGGACUCUGUUGUGAGGUUUGCUGAAGCAUGGAAUGCUCGUUCAGCACCCUUGCAUGUUCUCAUCAAUAAUGCUGGAAUUUUUUCCAUUGGAGAGCCGCAAAAAUUUUCAAAAGAUGGUUAUGAACAGCACUUGCAAGUGAAUCAUCUGGCUCCUGCGUUGCUUUCUAUACUUCUUUUGCCAUCCCUUAUUAGGGGUUCUCCUAGUCGCAUUGUUAAUGUGAAUUCCGUAAUGCAUCAUGUUGGCUUUGUAGACACGGAUGAUAUGAAUGUCACAUCUGGAAAAAGGAAAUUUUCUAGUUUGGUAGGGUACUCAAGCAGCAAGUUGGCAGAGAUUAUGUUUAGUAGUAUUCUUAAUAAACGACUCCCUGCUGAAUCUGGCAUCAGUGUAUUGUGUGUAUCGCCUGGAAUUGUCCAGACCAAUGUUGCAAGAGAUCUUCCAAAACUGGUUCAAGCUGCGUAUCAUUUGAUCCCUUACUUCAUCUUUAGUGCUCAAGAAGGUGCAAGGAGUGCGCUUUUUGCUGCCACCGAUCCUCAAGUUCCAGAGUAUUGUGACAUGUUGAAAGCAGACGAGUGGCCCGUUUGUGCCUUUAUUUCUCAAGAUUGUCGUCCAGCAAAUCCAUCAGAAGAAGCACACAGUGUUCAGACAUCAUAUGAAGUUUGGGAGAAGACAUUAGAGAUGAUUGGCCUUCCUUCAGAUGCCGUGGAGAGGCUUUUAGACGGGGAAGAAGUUAAAUGCCGUUAUGGACAAGAACAGUAAUCUAGUUUACAAUGAUGACUACAAAACAGUUGAUUAGCCGAAUUGUCGCCACGUGCUCGCCCUUGAUCUGUGAGGGCACUUACAUUAUUUAUAGAUAGCAGUGAGCUUUUUCAUUCUCAGUAUGUGGGAGAGAAGAACCCUUCUUUAGUUUUGGACAUCAUAUAUGUACAUCCAUUUUGAUCAUAUUUAUGCACUAAAUUGUCACUUGUUACUCAUAAUGGGAGAGAAUUUAACCAAACAAGUGUUUUUGGCAAUGGAACUUCUGAUGGUCAUCCAUAGGAGUAAGAACUAAGUUAGUAAGCACUAUGUUGUGAUAGUUAUUUUGACCAUCCUCCAAAGUGGGUUACAACAACAGUGUUGCUUUCAAUUUUGGAAUUUAUCUUGCAGUUCUUACUUCCUAAAGAGCUGUCACCUUGCUUGA